GUAACCAUCUCAUUUGUAGCGCCUGCUACCAUGCUGAUCUCGGCACCUACCGUCACUGUACUGAGCUCGAGUACCUCCUCCAAGGUAUAACGGUCAAAUGCGUUGCCUGCAAACAAUACCUUCCAUUCUCCACAUUGGGGUCACACCAGGUUGGCGAUUGCCUCAAGCAUAAAUUGCAAAACAUCGCCCCAGAUGAACAGGAAACCGAGAUGGGCAGCAAUAGUAUCCAUGGGAAACACAAGUGAAAGGCUCCUUUUGAGGUUGGUAAAAUGGACAAGCACAUUGUUCAUGGUGAUGAGGUUGGGUAUGAUGACGGCUCAUGUGAUGACAACCAUGGCACGAGUGAGGAUGUGUUCAGUUGUGAAGAUGAUUCUGUUGACAAAAUGGAUGAAGGGGAGGAAAUUGAAAAGCCUGCGACUGUCAAAAGGGUGGCUAAGAAUGCCUUUAAGACAACUUAUGAUAGGAAAGCAAAGAUUGCAAUGCCAUAUGGGCAGAAAACAGCCCAGGCCAGCGCGUCGCCGUCUCAACGCCGCCGCAUCACAACUCCCCGGAAGCCACCCCCACCACGGUUUGUUCCUCAUCGCCCAGUCACCCCGCAGCAGGAGUAA